AUAGGCAAGGCUAAUAAAUGAUGGGGUCUAUAAAUGGCCUAUGCUUGAUCGAGUUGAAAUGAUAAAUACUGAGAUGGAGCCACUCAAACUCUACUUCAUUCAUUACCCAACAGCAGGUCACAUGAUCCCUCUCUGCGACAUAGCCACGCUCUUCGCCUCUCGCGGCCACCACGCCACUAUCAUCACCACCCCCGUCAACGCCCAAAUCAUUCGCAAAUCCAUCCCCUCCCUCCGCCUCCACACCGUUCCCUUCCCCUCCCAAGAACUGGGCCUCCCCGACGGCAUCGAAAGCCUCUCCUCCCUCAUUGACGACAUCCGCCACUUCCCCAAGGUCUACCAUGCCAUCUCCAUGCUCCAACCCCCCAUCGAGCAAUUCGUGGAGCAGCACCCACCUGAUUGCAUCGUCGCCGACUUCCUCUUCCCCUGGGUCCAUGACUUGGCCAACAAGCUUAACAUUCCCAGCGUUGCCUUCAACGGCUUCUCCCUCUUCGCAAUCUGCGCCAUACGCGCCGUCAACCUUGAAUCUUCCGAUUCUUUUCACAUUCCCAGUAUCCCUCACCCCAUCUCCCUCAACGCAACACCGCCCAAGGAGUUAACCCAAUACCUGAAACUGAUGCUGGAGUCACAGCUCAAGAGCCACGCUAUCAUCAUCAACAACUUCGCCGAGCUUGACGGACAAGACUACAUCCGCCACUACGAGAAAACCACUGGCCACAAGACUUGGCAUCUUGGCCCGGCCUCUCUUAUAAGCUGCAGGACCGCUCAAGAGAAAGCAGAGAGGGGCAUGAAGAGCGCGGUGAGUAUGCAGGACUGUGUGAGUUGGCUUGACUCGAAGCGAGUCAACUCGGUGCUGUACAUAUGCUUUGGAAGCCUUUGCCAUUUCCCGGACGAACAGCUAUACGAGAUAGCAUGCGGGAUGGAAGCAUCGGGUCAUGAAUUCAUAUGGGUGGUUCCGGAGAAGAAAGGGAAGGAGCACGAGAGCGAGGAAGAGAAGGAGAAGUGGCUUCCAAGGGGGUUUGAAGAGAGGAACGCAGAGAAGGGGAUGAUUAUCAGGGGGUGGGCCCCGCAGGUGAUUAUUCUUGGCCACCCCGCGGUGGGCGCGUUCAUCACGCACUGCGGGUGGAACUCCACGGUGGAGGCGGUGAGCGAGGGGGUUCCGAUGCUGACGUGGCCGGUGCAUGGAGAACAGUUCUACAAUGAGAAGCUGAUAACUGAGGUAAGGGGGAUCGGGGUGGAGGUUGGCGCAGCGGAGUGGACCACCACUGGCUUCGGAGAGAGAUACCAGAUGCUGACCAGAGAUAGCAUCCAGAAGGCUGUGAGGCGCUUGAUGGACGGUGCUGAUCAAGCUCUAGAAAUCAGACGCCGUGCAAAACACUUUCAGGAAAAGGCCAAACAAGCUGUUCGAGUAGGAGGUUCAUCUCACAAUAAUUUAACGGCCCUGAUUCAUGAUCUUAUCCGACUAAGGGAUGCCAAGCUUCCAUCUCCAGAUACCCCAAAAGGCUAAACAAUUUAUUUUUAUUAGAUAUUAAUUAAUAUUACUAUGUAUUUUAAACUCACUAAACUUCAUGUUGACGCCUGGAUGGUUUAGAGGCUCUUUUCGUUUUUUUGAUGGUUGGAUACUUUUAAGAUUGUGUAGCAAUUCCUAAAAUGUGUUUGCUUUAGAACAUAAAAAUAGAAAUUAUUAUUAUUUUUCUCUACUAUA